AUGAUUGCACACCGCAGAACCAGGCCCCUAGUCCCCGGCGGCCCCGCUAUUCCUGGUUACGGUNCUAAGCUAGCAACACUGCUUUUUCACUUUUUCAGGAGUAAUUUAACGGAUUCUUCCAUCUUGACACCUGUAAAACCUAGAUUGGGAAGAUUUGUUGAUGUUUAUUCUCCUGAACAUCUAAAUUUGACACCAAAACCUAAAUCAAAAUAUACCUUUCAUAGAUUGAGACAUGAUAGUCCAAAUUUGCAUUCCCCACAUCAGUAUCUUGAAACUGAUUACAUAUGCAGAACUGUUAAACUGCAACCUAGAGUUCAGCAUGUACUCAGCAAUUACUCCUUUGAAGGGAACCAGAGCUUCCCACGAUUGAAGCGCAAAAUAAAACCUAUCACAAUGGAACUGGAAACACCAACCAAACUAAAGUCAGCUAUUGAUAUUGUUCGAGUGGAUGGGCCAAAUGGUCUACGUUUCAAUUCAUCACUAGUGUCAGGUGAUAUACCUGGAUCUCCAGCUCAAUCACAAACUGAUCGUUUGCAGCAGCCUAUCAACUUGAACAAAGCUGUGUUCACAAUUGAAACCAAUUCGUCAAAAAUUCUGAUUGUAAAUAACAAGGCCUGUUCGUUACUCGGGUAUUCCUCCGGUGAACUGUGUGGAUUGCGGUUCUCUGAUAUCUUGAGGAAACGGAAUAGAAAAUCUUUUAACCUUCAAGGUCCUGAGGAUGGGGAUACUUCAGAAGAUGGCACUGUGAUUUUACUCAGUGGAAAGGUAGUAGAGCUGCAAACAAAAGAAGGUGGAACUGUUCAGGUAUCAUUAUGGAUUAGACAACUGGACAGCGACGGCCCUUGUUUAGUAGUUGCAGAACCAGUCAACUGCAAAAAUGUUUUGCUAACCAUAGAUGCGGAAACUGCAGUCAUAUUGUCAUGUGAAGGUGUUGACGCACCUGCUCUGUUCGGAGCUGAAUCCUGUGAUAAAUUGGUUGGUCUACCCAUAACUUCACUCAUACCUUCAAUAAGACUGCCAGCCGUGGAUACACCUAUAUCCAAAAGUAUGGCCAAGCAGAAAGUUACUGGGAGAACACUUGAAGGUGGCUGUUUUCCAGUUUGUUUAUGGAUAACGAAACCCGAUAAUUCGGAUGGUGCACAUUGGUCAGCUAUAAAAACUCAACGAUCCAUACUCGAAAUCAACCUUAGGGUGACAUACAAUGUUAGCGGCCUUCUAGUCGUCGACGAGGCUGGAAUUAUAACCGCUUGCAACCAUCACUUUGCUAUGUUGACGUUCGGAAAGCCGCAUUCAGAAGUGAUCGGUCAUCACAUCGAUGACGUCAUACAGUUCUUCUGCCGCGAAUCUGAUAUAGUAAAAUUGCCCGACAGAGCUCGCAAUAUGACUUUGUCUCCUGUUAAUAACGAAGAUAAUCCUUCUGCAUCGGACACGGACGACGAUUCGUGCGGCGCGUUCAACGGCAGCCAGAAGUCAGCUUGUAUGUCUCUUAACGUCCAGCAAUCCUUACUUUCGACAACUCGAGAGAAAUCAUCCAGCGCAUUAUGCCUUGACAAGUCGAUCAGCAUGAUCACUCACACUCCGACGCCCACCCAGGACAUGGUGUCCAGUAUCAGCACUACGGAACAGCGGAACGACGUGUCCGCGCUGCCGGACGUGACGUCAGCGAUGUCGGGUAUAUCUAUUGACGACGACAACUUCUGCUCGAGUAGUAUUUCGAAAUCAAGAUCCGAGAACAUAUUGAGAUCGGAACAGGGAAACCCUGUUAAACCGCUGGCAACAAAACCUUGUGAUAAAUCGGAAUCCGUAUAUUAUACAUCUCAGCACUCCGAAGUGACGCCUACUGGAGGGACGCCUCGAGUCCGACUUAGCGAUCCUUCCUUGCGACUGUCGUUUGAUUCCAGUAAAUACAGAUCUCUAAAAGCCACCUUGCCCGGACAAGUUAGGGACGACAAGAGCAGUCUCUCCCUGGAUUAUUGUGAUUCGAAUGAAACGAGUGCAGAUUUUCUCACUCCGAUAAAUGAGAUGCCGCCCCCGGGAUGUGAAAUCGAGGAUCUACCAAAACACAACGGAAACGAUAGCGUCGACAGCUUGAGCAACGACAACGAUUUGGAGACACAGACCGAGUCAGCGCCGGGAAAAAGAUUUGACGAGGAGGUUCCCGUGACUCCGUGCGUCGCCAAACGUUUGCUGCGCGCGCACGUGACGUCGACGCCGCAGAACACGCGCGACCGGCCCGCCGACACGUGCGCCGUCGACUGUCGGCACCGCGACGGCACCUACAGGGGCGUCGUCAUGCACCGAGACGGGACCGAACUCAACGUGGUGUACACGGUGUCGAGCAUGCAGUUGGCGGGCGGGCGGAGCGUGCGCUGCGUGUGGCUCGGCGUGCAGCUGGAGGACGCGCCGCGACACAACACGGUCGCCUCCAGCCUCACGUCCACGGCCGACAACUCGCUCGUACUUGGCAACAAAUCUGCUGGCAGCAGACCGCAGUCCAUGUCCUUGGUGAGCCAGGGUGGAGACGAACAAGUUGCAGGAGAAUACAGCAAACAUUAUGUUACUUUGAAACAGAUUGGUAAAGGCGCCUACGGCUGCGUAAAGAUGGCGUAUCGUCGUUCCGAUCGUUUGCUGACCGUGACCAAGUUUAUACUGAAAGAGAAGAUCGGUCCACUGUUCCUGGUCGACGGGCCGGACGGGAAGAAAGUGCCAUUGGAGCUAAGUCUCUUGCUCACAUUGAAGCACCCUAAUAUUGUUAGUUUAGUGGACGUAUAUGAAAACGAGAAAUAUUUCCAAAUGGUCAUGGAGAAACACGGUGCCGGCAUGGAUUUGUUCGAGUUCAUAGAACGACGUCCGAGAAUGGAUGAACCCUUGUUGAGCUAUAUAUUUAGACAGGUUGGACAGGCGGUCGAGUACCUCCACUCGCUGAACAUCCUGCACCGAGACAUAAAAGACGAGAACAUUAUAAUCGAUAACAAGUUUCACGUGAAGUUAAUCGAUUUCGGUUCAGCAACUUUUAUGAGCAAGGAUUCUCUCUUCUCUACUUUCUACGGAACCACUGAAUACUGCAGUCCUGAAGUGUUGGCGGGAAAUAAGUACGCCGGUCCGGAACUAGAGAUGUGGUCAAUGGGUAUAACGUUAUACGUUCUGACGUUUUUCGUUGAUCCAUUCUCUGACAUCGAAGACACUAUCCAAGGGCCGCUUACCUUUCCGCACUUGGUAUCAGAAGACUUAGAGCAGCUCCUCCGAUGGAUGCUGUGCAAGGAUCCCGCGAACAGAUGCACAAUAACGCAGCUGAUGUCUCACCCGUGGAUAAAACAGCAUGUCGCCAUUGCUAAUUACGUCUUCCACGAGAUCAUUGACUGCGAUCGUGAUGAAGCGAAUCCUGAAAUGUACUAUAACGGGAGCUUAUCACCAAGAAGUGGGUCACCCGUAGACCAAGUCGAUCCCGUGGCUAAAGAACGUUCGAACCCAUCCGAAGUGGCCGUCCGUUCAGAGGAAAAGAACGUUUCUCGAGAAGAACCAAAGCGAAGUUCCGUGGCUCUGCACGCUCUGUCGACUGCUGAUCGAGACGCUCACUCGGAUAACUACAGUCUACGAUCUUCAGCUGACAUCCUAGACAUAUCGUCGAAGCCGGUGUCGGACGCGGCGCUCACGGACAUCAGCUCGGACGCGACCGGCCACGCCGCCUGCGACAUCGACUACGACUGCGACCAGUACGAGUGCGACAGCUGGGACGAGUGCGAACAGGACAGCUUCUCCUAGACACGCACGCGCGCGCACGCACGCACGUACACACGCACG